CGAUCCGCAUUUCAUAACUGUGUCCUGUGAUUCUACGUUGGAGGCUACCAGAUGCUCACCGCGAUUUUUAAACCACCGCAGCAAUUGGCAGCCAGUCUUUAUGUCCAGCCAUAAUGCCGUGGCAAGAAACUGUCCCAGGUCGCUAUGAGCGAGAAUUUGGCUCCAUUGAGCAAUUUUAUCGUCAGAUAGCGGCUGCUGGUGCUGUUAUACAAAAGCAACAAUUCCUCAUUUCGUGUUCUAUCAGGCUCAGAGAGUCGCCUUCAGUGGCGGAGCUACAGAAAGCCUGGAAGGCACUUCGAUUUCUACAUCCGCAAAUUGCUGCCGAAACGGACGAAAGUGGCUUCAAACUCACCUACACGGUUCCAUCUCUAGAGUCUAUCGAGACCUGGAUGCAAGAAACUUUCAUUGUCGAUGCAGAAUGCAACUCGGCCAGUAACCUAUACACGUCUAUCAAGCCUACGGCACUCUUCCAAAUAUACUUCUUGCCCCUAUCUCGAGAACUUCUUUUUCGCACGCCACACUGGCGUAUAGAUGGCACAGGCCUCCGAAUUCUGCAAAAUGCCUUUCUCCAGAUUCUCGCUGACGGUCCGUCCAACAUCGUAUUUGACGGCUCAGAGGUCGUACGGUUAGCACCUUCCCUCAACGAAGCUGCCUUUGUUCCUCGGGAACCUACACCACAAAUAAGCAAAGCUUCUGAUGCUGAACUUGACGUCUUCGAGGCUGGUCCGCCGUCAAUUCCAAUUGCGACCCUGCCGAAUAUAUUGCCCACCAGCCCCCAACGCUACCGAACGACAUUUUCGGCUGAUGUGACUGAGCGCAUUAUCGCGUCCUGCAAGGCGCGAGGAAUUACGGUCACAACAGCUGCCCACUCGGCCCUCAUUCUUGCGAUGCAGCCGUACACACAACACAAUUCUGACCCAAGCAGCCGAGGCACUGGAAGGGGAAAAUACACUGGCAUCACGGCGCUUGACCUACGAAAGUAUCUCUCCGCGCCGUGGAAUGGUCCCCAAUCAGCCGUUAGCCUUUAUCAUACUGGCUUGCCAUUUUGCAUCGACCUGAACGAACACCGGGACUUCAACGCCAUUGCAACAGAGAUGGAUGCGAUACAUACGCGGAAUUUGCGUAACGACGAGUCCCAUAAUGCGAUUGAGUUUCUGACCAGCUAUGUUAGAAAAGCACUAGGCACCCUGAGCGCUGCACCAGAAGACCCGUUAAAGGCGCCUGCGUACCAAACGUUGAGCUCUUUGGGCGUAGUUAACAAUUACUUGCAAAGCAAGCGCGAUGGGAAGGCGGCAAUGGUCGAGAUCGAGGAUUGGUGGUUGAGUGUCGAAAUUAUCAAUCGCGUGCUUGGGACGACCCUCUGGACAUGGGACGGCCAGCUGAAUCUGUCGGUUAGUUACAAUGAGGCGUUCUAUGAGAGAAAUUUUGUCGAACAGUUUAUCGAUGGGUGGGGAAGAGAACUUACGACGGCCUUGAGUGUCGAAGAACAUAUUAUCUCUGCCGAUAUUUCCGCUACAGCAAUAAGCGGCGAAAAGGGCCAGAGUUGGAUCAGGAGGACAAUAGCUCUGGUAAGAAGACUACUUUGUCACUGAAUACGUGGAUGAGUCUUGCUUGAACGUUGUAAAUUUUGCAGAUGGAGAUUAUACCAGAAACAAUAUGAAAACUCUACACGAAGACGAGGACGAGGCAGGAUUACGAUUGAUUGUCAUACAUGAUGAGAUGCAAAGGGAGCUUGGGUUGUCUAUAAUAUUGUUCCGCCUCUCCGAAAGAAUUGGCGCUCCAAUUGGGGUGAUGUUGUGAGGGGCAGCGCGUUGGUCCCAUGGGGGUUGAUUCCCAGCUGAUGAGCGCGACUCGCGUAUUUAAAAUUACCGGUUUUGACUCUUCGAAGCUCUCCCUACUCCGUCUUCCCUUCAUGGACUGACCUAUUAUAUUCCCGUCUUACAUCCGGCAUCGUCUUGCAAUAGCUAAGUCGGACUUUGUUGACCCCACUUGAGAGUGACCCCACCAUCCCCAGACACCCACCGCACCCCACCCCUCUCCCGCAGCCACAAAGGCGCCACUUUUAUCGGGAAUGCGGCCCGGACAGGCGACCAACACGAAAAGGAUCAAAAGGGACCCCAAUGCUUUGCCAUCUUAUAGCUGCAGAGAGAGAUGCACAGAUAAGAUCUAUUUCUAUUGGGAACACUGUCCGCAUUGUUCUUCGCACAGAAUAAUUGCAGAAGCACUGCAGUCUUGACCUUUUUCCUUUUGUCGUAUCACCGACCGCAUGUUGCCUCGAUCCCACGCACCAAAACUAUGGAUGUGACGAUUGGAGGCCGGGGUAAAUCACUACCUUUGCACGUGUCUGAGUGCCGGCUGGCUCCCCUCACGUAGCGUGAGGCUGUCCUGGCUGGAAGAAGAUGGGAGGGUUGCUGCCAUCCAUCUGAGGCUCAGGCGAUUGGUGUGGGUGGUCAAAGCCUAUCACAGCAUGUGGCGUUCAGGCUAGAAGGGUAGAAGGAUCUCGCGGAAUGCGGAUUGGGGUAGCAGUGCAGGUAGAUCUUCCAUUAGCCCUACCGUUCCCCGUGCGUCAUGAUCUUGGCGCACAAGAUAUGGCACCAACAGCAUCCACAAAUAAAGGGUGGCAAUCUACAUAUAUCAGAGCACUAUAAGCAAGGUGGUUCUCCAAGGCGCAGAUAUAUUAUAUAUUGGCCGAGAGAUGUGCUUGUUUGUACGGAAGUAUUGCCAAAAGAUUCGGGUGGGACACAUUUUGACGCCACUGGUAAGGGUUAACGGCAUGGGUAUGCGCCAUUUGAUAUUGUAUCUUGCCUUGUAUUCUAAAUGUGACUGCCAGUCACAAGUCGAUCAUUUUUUUCUUCGAAAACAUUGACGUUCCGAUUCGGGCUCCGCCUCAAAAUCUCAUGGUCGAUAUUGUUCUUAUGGGAUUUUCUCAUGAUACUGCCCAUACGUGUAUGCCCCACGCUACAACUCUGGGGCCCCGCAGCUCCUUCUAACCCUCCGCCCGUCCCGCUGGCUGAAAGGGGAGACGGAGGGAACCACAGUUAAACCAAAGUAGUAAGCGCAACAUAUGUCAAGGACGCCAAUUCAAGAAUAAUACUUGAGUCCAAAAAUCGCUUGAAAUUGGUUGCGUGAAUCUGGGGCGUACAUAUGUGACAACAAGAUCCAUUAUUCGGGCCUUCUUCUCUGCCUCGAAAUUUCUACUGGGUGGACAGGAUGAGUGUGGAUUGCAGUAAACAGGAAUGAUAUACUCGUAUAUUGAUAUUAAUCUUCAUGUUGGACUCGAG